GCCAGUCGCAGCCACCUCUCCCUGGGCCGCUCUCUACCGCUCUGCGCCUACUGGGACCUCACAAAGCUGGCAGCCACGGCAGAGUGGGUGUCACCGCAGCUCUUCCUGCUGCUCGCCCGCGCUGCCCUCCCCAACCCCUCCGUCGGCUUCAUGUGGGUGCAGUCGCCCUACCUCGAACGCACAGCCUUCCAUUAUGAGAUGGCAUGUGCGUUUCUCGGGCAGCUAUUACCAUUCGCCAUGGGGCACGUGCCUCUGCAGGCCAACACGCUGGAUGUGAAGAUGCCUGCACGGGACGACACCAUGGCUCUCACGCUCAAGGCAUGGAGCAACAGGGACGUGGUGGUGUGGUUUAAAACGACCUGGGAGCGAGUGAAGUUCCAGCCUCGCACGGACGACAUUGCGUUGCCCAUGCUGCCGUACCAGCAGAGCCUGCAUGCCACGGCUGAGCGAUUGCUAUCCCUGCUGCCCCGCCCCCUCAUUGCUGUACACUUCCGGUCCGAGUUCAUCGCGUUCCGAGUGCAAGAGGACAUGAGGAGUCAGGGCGGCAAGGCGAAUGCGAGCAUGGUGCAGCAGCGGCUGGACUGGUGUGUGGGGGAGGCAGAGCGCCUUAUCACCACCGUCCGCGACUCACUCUCCCACCCCUCCACUGCUGAUAACAGCACCACCGGCCCCAGCACCACUGGCCCCAGCACCACCUCCCCCAGCACCACCGCCCCCAGCAGCACUGGCAGCAGCGGUCCAUCCCCAUCUGUGUUCAUCGCAGCAGACGUGCCGUUCAACGACUCGGUGGCGCCGGCACGGUCAGACUCGUGGAGCGAGAUGGUGCACUGGUACGGGGGCGACGCGCGCGUGCUGCAGUCAUCGUCCGCUGCGCUGCACCGCCUGCGUGCCAAUGUUCCCGGGACUGUCAUGAUUGACGAGAUCAUGCCGCAAGUCAACGCGUUUGACCCAGGUGGGUGA